AUGGAGACAGAGUACCAACCAUUUUACAAUUCAGAUGUCAUAGCAACAUAUGGUGAAAGAAACCAGGAACUGGAGAAGAGAAACCAUGCACAAGAGAAGCGAGAAGAGUGCGACCUUACUACACAUUUUCAAACCAUCAAAACUAUGGUCUUAACUGCGGCAAGAAUCGUUUUCGCAAGAAAAUGGAAGGAUGAGAAUAUUCCUACGAAGGAAGACAUUAUUUUUAAGGUAUUGGAUUUAGCAGAAAUGGAACGGCUGACUUAUAUUAUUCAAGAAAAGAGUGACUGGAUUAUGAAUUUAUGGUUGGAUGUUAUAGUGCUUUUAUGUUGUGCUCGCCUUCAGUCCAUUGUAGAGGAAGUAAGCUAUCAACUUCCCAAACACAAGCCAAGGGAAAGGAGGCGGACCAACUUCGCCGUGGGAGAGGAGAGGAAAGGAAGACGGGUCGCGCUGUCUGGCUGGCUGUCUUCCUCCCAGCCUCUCUCACCUUCACAGAACCGGCAGCGCUACAGUCCCCACCGCUGCCUUCGCCGCCGCCGCCCUCGGCAUGUCCGGAGCGCUUCUACCAGGAGGCGCCUCUCAGGCCAGGCUCAGCCUCUGGCUGCUGCUGCUGCCGCCGCCUCCUCGGCCGCUGCCAUCUUGCCCUGGCGGCUGAGAGGAAAGCGCCCCGGCUCAGCCCGCUCAGCUCCCCGGGCCUCCGCCUCAUCUUCCCGACGAGGGACCCAGUCUGCCCACCGCGGUUGCCUCCACCUCAGGCACCUCUUUCUCCUCCUCCGCGGCCACCGCCCACUUCUGCUGUUCCCGCUCUUCUCCCCGCGGGGCCUGAGGCCAGUGAGCGCGGCUGCGUCCGUGGGAGUUGUCGUCGUUGCCGCCCACCUGGCUCCUGGGGCCGCGAGGGGAAGCGUCAGCCCCGUUCCGACAUGUCUGGGUUCCGUUUCCAGCCCGCGGGGCCCUCCCGACGAGCCUCAGCGGGCCGCCCUCUUCCGCAGCUGUAGCGCCGCCGGCUGGCUCUUGCCUGCCUCCUGGCAGCGAUUAGAGCGGCGCUACACCCGCCCCCGUCUCCGGGAAAGGCGCUUCUCUUCCCUCACUUGCAGGGCCUGGCCUGGCGCUCGCGGGAGACGGAGAUUAAAGCCGAAAGAAGCGAAAUGCGUCCGUGGCUUCAGAGCCUUGGACGUCUGCAUCCAGGAUACCUGCUGUCGAAACCGAUGCACGCAAGUUUGCGGAAGAGUUGGCAGGAGCUGGAACUAGAGAUGGGAGCUCAC